GUCCUGGUGGACUUUUUGUUUUCACCUUUUUCACGCUGAUUUUCAGGCAAAGCCAAAGUAAAAACUGGGCUGGAGGCAUUGAUCCUAUUUCUUUGCUUGUUGCAGCCAAUCCAAAAGCAGAUGAAAUGGUUUAUUUCGGUCGCCACUGAAAGAACAACAAUGAAAAUGAUGAUGAUCGACGAGAUUGCGAAGAAAUAAAUGACGAUUGCUUCUUCGUCAUGACCAUGAGCAUGCAUGUGAUCGAACAUCAUCGCAAGAUGAAACAGGCGUGGUCCAGCACUGAAGAUAUGAGUGGGUACAUAACAAUGGGGCCGACGCGGAGACGGUGGCGGGAAACGUCACAUCCACCGACAUCAAAGCAGUUGUAGCCAAAGACUGAGCAACGUAUUAACAGAAGACUCACCAUUACGGGCGCAUUUAUUUCUCGUGCAAAGAUGGAACCCGACGCAGAUCGCGAUCUUCGAGUCCUCGGAGCGGACCAUGGGGGGCAGCCCGGGCAGGAACGAAUGCCCUUCUCAAUACGAGUACGACACCAUGUCGCCAAGUCUCUUCGUGUCCUCUUGUCGUUCUUCAAAGUGGCCGGCCGUGUGUGCCCCUCCAGAAACCGAGAGACUUCACUUAGAGAACAGGACGGUGGUAGCCACCACGUUGUUGCUGCGCAUUCGAUUGCCGGAAGUGUUGCGAGGCAGAAAGCUCACGAGACAGCACCCCGGGCAAUCGAAGCCGCAAGCGACUCUCUAGACGAGGGCCCAGUUCCUGUCCACGUGCAGUAUGUAAACUUAGCUGGUGAUCCGCUUUUUCGUGGCGAGGCCGUAUUGGAGCCAGAGGCUCUGAGAAAAGACUUCAUCCAGCGACUGCAUGGAGAGCCGAUCACUUGCGAAGAGCAGGAGAACGAGGCAUCCGAUCUAGUUUCGCAGGGAAAAAGUGCUACUGCUAGUGUGGAGGAUUUUUAUUCUGCCACCGGGUCGUCUUCCACGACACGCGACGCGCUUCAACAAUUUCGCGCAAUCCUCGAAGAAAAUGCACUCGGGCCCGAACACACGAUUCCUGGGCCUCGCAGGGAGGGCAGCGCUGUGUCAGCAGCGGAUGAAGAUUCUGUUUCUUCUGGUACGCAUGCUGAGACAUCUGAGCCCCGCCCAUUGCAAAUCCGGCUUGUAAACGCUUUUUCUUGUCGUAGAAGGGCAAACAAGUCCAAUGAUAACACGGUAGCAGGAAUAGAGACUGCCGCACCCCCGCCGCAUCCCCCACUUUACUGCCGUGUGCUGGAAGCAAAUGUGCGCGCUCUGGAGACGGACCAGGCCGAAGUAGCCGACCUGAGCAAGUUUCAGUGGGUCAGAUGGUUUUACUUCCGAGGUUUGGACUCGGAGCUGCGUAUUUUGUGGGAUUUGUGGUCGGUCGAAAACGAGCUAGACACCGAGUCCUCUCUUGGGGUUGUUUUGGAGAAGAGGAUUCAAGCUGCAGAAACCAAAUCGGAGCAGGAGAAGGAGCGCCUGCAGCAACUUUUAGAACUCACAAAAACGCGGGACAAGGAACUCUACAGUGUACGCCGGAAGUUUGCGCAGAGCGCGGCUUGGUGGGGGUCGCUGGGGUUCUUGCUUGGGUGGAGCAAGACAAACAAGCCGAAGCACGGAAAUCGGCCCGACGUCUUGGAAAUCUUUUUUGACGUCUACGGGCAAUUUCAAGUGUUCUUCAACGGUGCCUACGAGGGCGUCAUGAGCAAGUUUGCAGAGCACGGAGAGGGAGCAGCGUGGGUGAACCAGAUGCGCCCUGGCCUUAUGUCGGAUCGCACACACACGUUCGCAAAGUAUUGGACCUUGACAGGAGAAAAGAAGGCCGCUUCAUCUGCAGGAAGUAUCGGUCCUGCAUACCCAGACGCAGGCACGCCUGGAACCAGUACAACCGUCUACGAUCCGCACGAUGCCAAAUCAACAUCACCCACGACAAACAAAGCCAGUAGCAGCGUUACCAGGAAGAACCCACAGCCAACAGCAUUUCGCUUCCUUCACCGAGGGGAGUGUUGUGCGGACCGCUACGACCGUGGCGCGCUGCCGGCGGACGUGAAAGAAGAGGAUAUCAUGGACACCCGGAAGAAAAUGCUCCUCUACGCCCGUUUGCACGUUAUGAAUGAGUACCGCACCCCGGCCGCGCGCGCCAAGGUCGCGCUGACACAGAACAAGUGUCGAGGCUUACUUCCAGACGACGCGGUGAGGGAGAAGAUGUUGCGAGCGCUCAAGGAGCUCUACCAUGCGUACCCUCACGACUUCCACGUGCUGGCCCCUUACGCGGAAGUGACGGCUCCCGAGCAAGACUUGAUGUGCGUGCUCUCCUGUAGGGAAGACGAGGUGGAGAGGAACGGCAAAAAAAGAGAUCAACGUUCCCCGGCGGAGAGGUCAACGGCAGGUGGAACAAGCUGUAGGAGCACGGCGACAUCAGCAGGCACCAACAACGAUAGUCAUAGUACCGAUGUGGAUGAUGUAGACGAAGAUGACGACGAAUUCUACAACAGCUCCACGCGUUUGUCAGACGCAGAAUUUCAGCAGUACCUUGCCGAGUACGAGGGAGCUGUUGUUGAAGAAGAGCUGCAGGCACAACUGGAUGAUAACGAAAACGAAAAACGCAUUCCCAGAGAAAUUGAGGAACAAGCUGGUGGAAGUGUCGUGCUGAAAGGAGGUAGCGAAGCAGCCCGCUCGCUGACAGUAGGCUCACCCGAAGGGGAGCAGCAUGCACCAGAGUUGCACACAAUAAGUGAUGGAAAGAACUACAGAGGCACAGAGUGCGUAUCUGCAUCCGUGUUGCAUGCUGAGCAUAAAGACGAUCCGUAUCUAGUAACGGUGGUUAUAAAAGGCCCUGCCUGCAAUUCAACAGAAGAUGAGAGCUCAAAGAAAAAGAAGGAAGUUAACCAAGGCGACAGCUAAUUGAUUUGAUGUCACUCAACAAGAACAAACUCCAAGCGACUCAAAACGGCUUUUCUAUGCCUACACAAUCAAUCUUUUUUACAUUUACAUUGUGACAACUGUCUUAUGAU